AUGUAGUAAAGAUGACGUUGCGCUGGAGCUUCACCUCCCACAUCUCGUUCAACAGCGCCAGAGCCCUCUGCCACUGCUCUGCCUUCUCGCAAGCGCUGAUCCCAGCGCUGUAGCUGAUAUCGUCGGGCUGCAGCUUGGCCUCCCACAUCUCGCUCAGAAGCACCAGAGCCCGCUGCCACUGCUCGCCCUUCUCGCACGCGCUGAUCCCAGCGUUGUAGCUGACGAUGUCGUUGGGCGGAAGCCGCGCCUCCCGCAUCUCGCUCAGCAGCGCCAGAGCCUGCUGCCACUGUUCGCCCUUCUCGCACGCGCUGAUCCCAGCGUUGUAAUGACGUUGGGAUCCAGCUUCGCCUCCCACAUCUCGCUCAGCAGCGCCAGCGCCCGCUGCCACUGCUCGCCCUUCUCGCACGCGCUGAUCCCAGCGCUAUAAAAUGACGUUGGGCUCCAGCUUCGCCUCCCACAUCUCGCGCAGCAGCGCCAGUGCCCGCUGCCACUGCUCGCCCCUCCCGCACGCGCUGAUCCCAGCGUUGUAGAGAUCUCAUUGGGCUUCAGCUUCGCCUCCCACAUCUCGCUCAGCAACGCCAGCGCCCACUGCCACUGCUCGCCCUUCUCGCACGCGCUGAUUCCAGCAUUGUAGCUGAUGACGUUGGGCUCCAGCUUCGCCUCCCGCAUUUCGGUCAGCAGCGCCAGAGCUCGCUGCCAGUGCUCGCCCUUCUCGCACGCGCUGAUCCCAGCGUUGUAGCUGAUAGAUGACGUCGGGCUUCAGCUUAAUUUCCCACAUCUCGCUGACCAGCGCCAGCGCCAACUGCCACUGCUGGCCCUUCUCGCACGCGCUGAUCCCAGCGUUGAAACUGAUGACGUUGCGCUCAAACUUCGACUCCCACAUCGCACUGAGCACCGACAGGGCGUGUUGCCAUUGUCCGCUUUUUCUACAUGCGCUGGCAAUCGCAACGUAGUGGCCUGGGAAAAGUUGCACGCCUGAUUGAACCCCGUGGCGGAGCAACUGCAGUGCCGCGCACCACUGCUUUGUCUGAUCGCACUUCCUGAUUGACGCUUCGAGAGGAACAAAGCCAUCUCGAGACCAUCGACCGGUGUCCAACAUCCAAGAACAUGAAUGGCACCGCAGCGGCUUCAGCCCAACAUGGCUUGAGCCGCAACGGCCUGAGCCAAAAUGGCCUGAGCCUGAAUGGCCAGCGCGUGGGCCGCUCCGAGGUCGCACGGGUCCCCGAGGAAGGGACG